GCGGGGUCCGAGCAGCGCUGGGGGCACCGCGGGAGGCGGCCGGGGCGGCACCGCGUGUGCCAAUUCUGCCCGUUCUGCCCCGAAGCUGCGGCUUUUCCGCCCCGAGGGCCGAAUCCUGCCGUCCCCGGGGAGCAGCUCGGUGCCGCCUGGCCCCGAGCGGGGCUGGGGGCGAGGUGCGGGAGCGGCGCCGUGCGGGGAGACGGGGCCACUCCCAGGCCCCGGCCGGGCUCUUUCUUUGCAGCCACAUAAGGAAUUCUCCCGCAGUAGCGGAGUUGUCAUGGGAACCCGCGUGCUUCCACCCCGCCUGCCCGAGCCUCGCCGCACCGGAGCGAAUCCCCGCUCCCGGCCUCGCAGUCGCCGCAGGGUCUGGGGCCUGGCCCCCGGGUCCCGAGGGAUUUCCCUGCUCCGAUCUCCGUGGGCUCGGGAAGCGGCGCUGAGCCUCGCGCUGGCUCUCUGCAGCUCCCUGGCUCGGGGCUCCCUUCCCGGAGGAAGGAGGAGCGGGAAGGCGCUGGUGGGCAGCGGGGCUGCCUGGGAGCGUCGCUGCCGCGUGCAGGGAAGGAAGGCGGAAAGGAAGGAUCAGGCCCUUGGCAGCCCCCUGAGCAGGGCAGAGGCAGUUCUUGGCAGCAGGGGAUUUUCUUGGGCUGAGGCAGAAGUGGCAUCUCUGAAUCGCCGCAUCCAGCUGGUAGAGGAGGAGUUAGACCGGGCCCAGGAGCGCCUUGCCACGGCUCUGCAGAAGCUGGAGGAGGCGGAGAAGGCUGCAGAUGAAAGUGAAAGAGGCAUGAAAGUCAUCGAAAACAGAGCUCUGAAGGAUGAGGAGAAAAUGGAGCUGCAGGAGAUCCAGCUCAAGGAAGCCAAGCACAUCGCGGAGGAGGCGGACAGGAAGUACGAGGAGGUUGCCCGGAAAUUGGUGAUCAUAGAAGGAGAUCUGGAGCGCACUGAGGAGAGAGCUGAGCUUGCAGAGUCUAAAUGUUCCGAGCUGGAGGAGGAGCUGAAGAAUGUCACCAACAAUCUCAAGUCUCUUGAGGCUCAGGCUGAGAAGUACUCUCAAAAAGAGGAUAAAUACGAAGAAGAGAUCAAGAUCCUGACUGAUAAACUCAAAGAGGCGGAGACCCGUGCUGAAUUCGCCGAGCGGUCUGUGGCCAAGCUGGAGAAGACCAUCGAUGAUUUGGAAGAUGAGCUCUAUGCCCAGAAACUGAAGUACAAAGCAAUUAGUGAGGAACUGGACCACGCCCUGAAUGACAUGACUUCCAUAUAAACUGAAAUCCACCAAAGAGGAGCAUCUCUGCACGCAAAGAAUGCUGGACCAGACCCUGCUAGACCUGAAUGAAAUGUAAUGGAUCCCUGCCACUGCCUCCGCCACACGAUGCCAUGGGGGGCCAGCCCAGCUGCUGCUGACCUCUAACCCUUGGGGACCAGGGUUUACUUUCUGUUGCCAACUUGACCAAACACAAAUCUGCUAUUUCACCUCAGGGUUAAAGGUCAUCAGGUUGGGCAGAGCUUCAAACAGCAUUAUUAAGGGAAAUAAACAAUGCAAUAAUGUUUGGGGAGCAUGUUUGAGAUGUAUACAUUUUGUAACUACCUUUUUUUGUAGCAACCAUUGUAAACAUUCCAAAUAACUGAGGCUGGUGAGCAACACUUCAAAAGCUCUUGGCUUUAAACUUUGAUAUUAACCUUCUGUUAAUUAGCUCUGGGCCCCUCUGCUUUGGCAGGGGAGGAAGAUGGGUGUGAUGGUUCCUGGCUGUGGGCCGCUGACUAGGAGAGUAGGGCUAGGAAUGGAGGCCUGUUGGGAAAACUUCCGCUCCAGGAGCUGUUUGCCAAAAGAGCAGUUCAGUUUUCAGCUUUAAGGUAACUCUGUCGUGGAGAAGCAACUUGAGCAAAAGCAGACUUUUUUUUUUUUUAAAGCCAAGCCUAUUAUCUGAACAAUUGAACCUUCGCAGGGGUUGUUUCCCUUCCAUCCCCCCAGUGUUGGCCACUUCCUUUCCCAGUAGGCUUAGAGAAGCCACGGCCCCGCUAACACAUUGCUACACAGGGGUUGAAUUUGCCUUCACUAAGUGCUGAUGCACCAAGCUUUAUCACUCAUCGCUGGGUUAAACUUAACAGCUUAAGUACAAAAGUCUUGUUUUCUUUGAAAAGUUCUGCCUAUCCUGGGGGGGGGGAAGCCGAGGCCUUCCCUCUCCUGGCCAGGAGUGCUCUUAAUGUCUUAAUAAGGUACAAGCCAUCUUGCUGUGCAGUGUUGAUGUAGUUUUUGUGAGGCGUGAGUGUGGAGAUGUCGAGCUCGCGGUGUGUAGCUUGUGGUUCGAGCAUGCUGCUUGGUUGUAGCAGUUCUAGGGGCCAAUCUGGAGAAAAGAACCAUAUCAAGUGUUUUGAUACUAAAUUGAGAAAUUGUAUUACUGUCUUUUGAAAUAAAAACCAAUCCCUCCA